CCCGCGCUUCUCCGCGCCUCUCCGGGUGUGCGGGUGCCGCACACACUCCGGGGCGUCCGGAGUGGUCCCUGGCCGGGCCCCAUGGAAACGGCGCGCGGAGCACCGCAAGGGAGCGCAGGGGCCGAGGCGCUGCUGGGCGAGCUGCAGGCGCGGGUCCAGGACGUGGUGAGGGCGAGCUCGUGGUGGGAGCGCCACGGCGUGGAUUGCGCCAUCCUCGCCCUCAGCCUCCUCUCCUUGCCGCCUGGGUUCCUGUGCCUGAGCUCCGACCAUGUCCUGGUCUUCGCCCUGGGCAUCGCCAUCCUGGGCGUGUGCCACUACACGCUCACUGUCAAGGGCAGCCACCUGGCCACGCACGGCGCCCUCACCGAGUCCAAAAGCUGGAGCAAGAUCUGGGCACACUUCUUCGUGGAGGUGUGCACGGCCUUCCCCGCAGAGGACGCCAGGCACGGGCACGUCAAGAUGCACCACGGCUACACCAACGUGCUGGGCCUGGGGGACUCGAGCACCUGGAAGGUGCCUCGCCUCAACCGCUACGUCUACAUGUUCCUCGCCCCUCUCUCCAUUCCCGUCCUGACCCCUCUGGUGGCUGUCGAGCGGCUGAGGAAGGUGAAGCCCAGGGCUGCUCUGUGGACGCUGGGCCUGAUCUCCCUGGGCCUUUACUCUCAUUACUGGCUGCUCCUGAACGUGUCCGGCUUCCGGAGCCCCGGCUCAGCCCUGGUCUGCAUGCUGAGCACCAGGUCGCUGCUGGCCCACCCUUACCUCCACAUCAACAUCUUCCAGCACAUCGGGCUGCCCAUGUUCUCCCGGGACAAGAAGCCGCGGCGGAUCCACAUGAUGAGCCUGGGGGUGCUCAACCUGCCGCGGCUGCCCGUGCUGGACUGGGCCUUCGGCCACUCCAUCGUCAGCUGCCACGUGGAGCACCACCUCUUCCCCAAGCUCUCCGACCACAUGUGCCUGAAGGUGAAGCCCGUGGUAUCCCAGUUCCUCCGGGAGAAGCAGCUGCCUUACAACGAGGACACCUACCUCUCUCGCUUCUGGCUGUUUCUCAGUCACUACGAGGAGCUCAUGGUGCAGACCCCGCCCAUCACGGAGCUGGUGGGGCUGCAGUGAGGGGCGGGCUGGCACAACAGCCACGCUGCCCCCCUCCAGGGCCCAGUGCUUCUGCUUCUGCUUGCCCUUCCCCCGUGGGUGUGGCUGGGCUGCUGGGGGCAGACCUGGAGCACAGAGGCCCUGCGGGGGGCAGGGAGGCAGGGAGCUCAUGCUGGGGGCUCCGCACGGGAGGGUCACCUGCCCUGCUUGCUUUUCUGGGCUUUGAGGGCUGUCUGGAGGAAAGGAAGAGAGGUGGCUGGGGACUCUGGGCAUGCUGGCCGACUCUGUCUCAGGAGUGAACGGCUGGAUUCCUCCCCCACUCUGCCUGAGCCUUGGUAGGGGUGAGGGAGGGUGAUGGGGUGAGGAGGGCUGUGCAGGGGGCAGGCCAGGAGGGGGCAUUGAGAGAGCAGGGCCGGCCCUCAGCUAGGGCCUCCCUGGCGCCAGGCGAGUUGCACCCUUGGCUACUGCUUCUUUGUGUGCCCUCGGAGCCUCUGUCCCUUAAGCAGCCCUCGCCCCAGGGACCACAGGGGCGACUCUCCUAGUUCCCCAGCCGGAGAAGCCUGUGCCAGACCCCGGCUCAGGAGCGCCCAAGAGCCACGGCAUCGGCAAGGUCAAAGUGCAUGUGUUCUCUUUUACAAAGAGAACAUUCUGGGUUCUGGAAGGAAGGGGAGAAAGAGUAUGAGUAGCUUUGAGCAUGGUCUUGGCUAGCUCCAGAGAGUCUGCUUUGCUCCGUGUCAUUUAGCGGUGGACCUGGGAGAACUACCAGGUGAGAGAGAGAAAAAUCACUGGGAGGGAAACUGAGGCUGGAGUGGGUGAGGGGCGCAGGGCCCGGGGGACAGCUGGCCUUAGAGAGGAAAGGGGGAGGAGAAGGAGCAGGCCAAGAGCUGGAGGCCAGGGGCCGGGCUGGGCUGUGACAGCCUGUGAGGGGGUGGGGAUGGGAGGGAGCUGCUGACGCCAGCCCGCCAGCCCGAGGAAGAGGUCAGGGUGCUGGGGACACCACCGCGAGUCAGCCUAUGCGGGCAGACUUGAGAGGGGGCUGGGGCCGCCCUGCCGAGGGUGCUGGAAGAGGGGCUGCAAGGAAGGGCCCAGCUGGAGGCUGAUGGGGGGACAGACACGGAGGCCAGAGCAGAGGUGUGUCACCUCGGUCGGCGCUGUGACAGCUUGGCCAGAUAAUGCUUUGUUGACGGACGUGUAGCAGCAUCCCUAGCUUCUCCCCGCUGAGCGCCAGGCGUCCGAGUGGUGGCAGUGGGAGUGUCUGAAGGCACUGACGAGUGUGCCCCAGGGGGCAAGGUCAUCCCUGGUGGACAACACGCACAGUCGCCUUCUGAGCACACAGGUGCCUUCUUUCCAGUGAAGUCCUUGCAGGGGUGAGGGCCUGCCGACCCUGAUGAGGAGAGGCCAGCAAAUGGGACAGGGCAGAGGGGCAGAUGGCGGGUGGAAGGCCUUCUCUAAGCCUGGUCCUGUUGGAGAGCCCUUCUCCGGCGUGGCCUUAGGUGGCUCUGGUGGGCGCUGCCAUGUGCCCCUCCGGACCCUUUUCCCCACUCCUCUCCUCCCUGCCGUCCUUGGCCCAAGGCCACAGCCCCUGUCACACCCUCUCCUGCAGCUACAGCCUGCAUGGUCCCUUAAUGCUGCUGUCAUCUCUGUACAAAGUCCCUUCCUUAAACUCUCCGAGGUCAGCACUUUUAAGGGAGCCACCCGUGCCCCCUGGGAGGCUGACUGACGGAGCACAGUUUGAAUCCCAGCAGCCCCUCGGACCCAGGCAGGCUGGGCAGCCUCCCCAGCCUCCUGUGCCUUCCCGCUGCUCUUCCAAAGUGCAUCCGGAGCUCAGACAUGGCCUUCAGACCUGUGAGCGGGACUAAUCAAAUGGCCAGCUCUCCACAUGAAAAAUGCAGCGUCAGAAAAGGCCCCAUGGCAUCGUCCCGCCUCGUGAUUAAAACCAUCCUAAUACAAAAA